UUUUAUAAUAUCCAUUUCAUUUAAAUUGAUUUGGUUUCUUCCGCACAAAAACACUUGCGAAUUAUAAAAUACGUGAAAAAUCCACGGGUCGCGCAAUUGCAGUCGAUAUUAUAGCGUGAACGUUGUUCGAUGACAUACAUUCGACCUGUACUGUUUUUUUGUUAUGUACUAAAUUGUGGAAUGGGUUAAGAUUUGUAUGUAAAAUGAGUUCGRAAGCUGGUAGGAAUUUCAGAAAUUCAACGGGUGUUUGAGUGGGCGAAGAUACGUAGAUCAAACCGUUUCCACACUGAAGUGAAUUAGGGAGUAUGACGACUGCAUUUUGUAGAUGUCAUCUGGUCAUACUUUCACUGGAUGUAAUURUGCUUGGAGUGUUUUUAAAAUGCAUAGUGAUAAGGGGAAAUGAGUGAGUUUCUUUUAUACACUUAAUGGAUCAAAAGUACAGGAAGAAAGACUUUUAAAUAUUGCAAGAACUCUGUAGAAUAACCACCAACGGCGURCUAUUGUAUAGCUUUUUAAAAGUCAGGAAAGCACAAGCUCUUUUGGUAUUGAAUUUUAUAAGUUCUUUCGUAGAUCAAUAUCUUUGAGGAGGUAUAURAGUAGUUCUUCAGCGCUGCAAGAUGGAUUGAUGAGAAGAAAAAAAACCCUUAACAUGAAAUCUCUCACAGUAUGUUCACCUCAGUGCAUUUGAUUGACGCAGUUCACUUCCUAGCUUUUUCUCGUUGGUUUUGGAUGGAGCCCAGCUGUCUUGAGAUCGACUACUUUGUUGYAAACUUGUUUCUUUUGCCCUGUAUGCAGGUGCAUCCUUUGAUUGGUUGAAAGUUCUAGAUAAUGGGAAAAUUGGUAUAAUUUCUCGUAUAUGCCGAUUGGAGAACCGUAACUCUUAGUAACAGGUCGACGUUUUGUCUUUAGAGUCAUUUCUUUACGCUUUUCAAUUUAUUGAAUCAUGCAAAAUAACUCUUCCUGCAGUUUCGAUACUUUAUCCCUAUUAUGGUAUUUCAGCARCCAUGGAAUCCAAGACGAGCGCUUUGCUUCUGAUAUCAUGCUAGUCUGUCUUGUCAUUCCGACUGCGGUUCUAAACAUUUUGGUCCUUGUAACAGUACGGCGGAAGGUUCCCCUAAGAACUCCUUCGAAUGUAUUCCUAUGCAAUAUGGCGGUAUCUGAUUUGGCCAUGGCUAUUAUUGGUGAACCUCUUAUGGCAAYUCAAGGUCUGCUAAAUCUACUCGACAAUUGCUACACGGCAUUUCUCAUUGGCUUCGUCUCUGCUAGCUUCGGUGUUGUGUCGUAUAUAACUAUAACGGCUGGUGUUGUUGAUCGCUAUAUUGCGUUAAAGUACCCUUUAAGAUACCAAUCAUUGCUUACUGUUAACCGUGCUAGUUUUGCAUGCAUUCUUYUAUGGAUAUUCUCGUUGAUGAUUUCGCUCGUCUUUUUCACUUACAAAUAUGGUUCUUUUWUAUUAUUUUCCUGCUCAUUURUUGCUUCUGGAAUCAUGGUGUUCUGUUACWUCAAUAUCUGCAUUAUUUUGCGCCAGCAUCACAAUCAAAUCCGAGCUCAGGUCGAUACCGUUCAAGGACAGCRGAUGAUCAACCUGUCUCAGUUUAAGAAGACAGUUGGAACCCUUCUGUGUAUUUUAUUGUGGAUGAUUUUUUCGUAUUCAUUKUACAUAUUGACGUCGUCCAUUAUUUUGGUGAAUGGUUAUAGUACACCAAUUGGUAUWGCWAAAGUCUGGGUGUUUUCAGUUACUAUUGGUUGUUCUAACUCUCUUAUAAAUCCUGUUAUCUAUUGCUGGAGAAUGAAGGAAUUGCGCCUUGGUAUGAAAGAAACUUGGCUGAUGUCCGUAUCUAAACUAAAACUCAACAGAUAGUUUGCAUACACGGUAGACAGAGACUAUGGUUACGCUGUUUGACAUACAGCUUCUUUGACGAAAAAAAAAAAAAAAAA